CUGGGUUUUCUGGAGUAAAUGCUCUUUGCUCUUUUUGCUUUUUCACUCACACACACAGGGAUUUUAAAGCACUGAUUUGGUUUAUGGAAUCGUGUCUAUGGUGCUGCAAUGAAUGGACAGAAAAUGCAAAGCUCUGGCCUGGUCUUGCUCAGCCUGCUGGUAGCCUCAGCCUAUACUGGGAAGAUUCUGAUCUUCCCUGUGGAUGGCAGCCACUGGAUCAACAUGAAAAUCUUGAUUGAGGCUCUUCAUGCCAAAAGUCACAACAUUACAGUCAUUCGAUCUUCAGACAGCUGGUACAUUGAAGAAACAUCACCGUUCUACAAUUCCAUCACUUUAGGAAACUCAGCCAUUUUUGAGCAAAAUUUUAUCUGGAAAACUGUUAGCAGAUACUUGGAAAUUAUAAGGGAGGGUUCCACAUGGGCUCGCCUGAAACUCGAGAAGGAGAUGUGGUACAUGGCAGGUAAAAUGAUGGAGAAAGAGAGAAGAAUGUUGAUCAGCAUGUUUGAAGACCAGGAACUAAUGCAGACUUUGAGAGAUGCUAAAUAUGAUGUGUAUCUUACUGACCCUGCUUUAAUGGGUGGUGUCAUUGUAGGACAUUAUCUCAACCUGCCUCUUGUCUUUAAUGUUCGGUGGACCGUACAUCAUGAGGGACAUUUUGCAAUUGCUCCCUCACCACUUUCUUAUGUUCCAUUGCCAAUGUUGGAGCUAUCAGACCACAUGAGCUUCUUUGAGAGAGUACUUAAUGUUGUCAUGUACAUGGUAACUGAAUUACAGAUUCAUUUUUUUAUGACUUCACAAUACAAUGAUUUGUGUAGGCAACUUCUUGGUCCAGGAGUAAACUACUUUGAAUUAGUUCAAGCAGCAGAUCUGUGGCUGUUCAGAGUUGAUUUUAUCUUUGAGUUCCCUCGCCCUACCAUGCCAAAUUUCAUCUACAUUGGUGGAUUCCACUGCAAAGAAUCCAAACCUCUUCCACAGCAUCUUGAGGACUUUGUGCAGAGCUCUGGUGAACAUGGUGUCAUUGUCAUGUCUCUGGGAACGAUGGUUGGUCAACUUCCUCAUGAUGUAGCUAAUUUGAUAGCUGAGGCUUUUGCAGAGCUUCCACAAAAAGUUAUCUGGAGAUAUAAAGGGGAAAGACCUUCCACAGUGGGGAACAAUACAUUAAUAAUGGACUGGAUGCCCCAAAAUGAUCUCAUUGGCCACCCAAAGACCAGGGUAUUUGUGGCUCAUGGUGGAACCAAUGGAAUUCAGGAAGCUAUCUAUCAUGGAGUUCCUAUAGUUGGUUUUGGACUCGUCUGGGAUCAGCCCGACAAUCUUGAAAAAAUGAGGGUGAAAGGAGUCGCAAAGAAUGUGAAUUUUGCAACUGUGGACAAAGACUCAUUCCUUUUAACCUUGAAAGAAGUUCUACAUGAACCUUCAUACCGAGAAAAUAUGCAGAGACUCUCCAGACUCCACAGAGAUGUGCCAAUCAAACCAUUAGACAAUGCUGUGUUCUGGAUUGAGUACCUGAUGAGGCAUGGAGGUGCAGCUCAUCUACGUACAGAAUCCUACAAAAUGCCCUGGUAUUCUUACCACUCGGUAGAUGUUUUAUUGUUCCUCCUGUCUGUUCUUUCAUUUAUUGCCUUCACUACAUUUGUAAUCAUCAGACAUGUCUGCUGUAGGCGGUGCAUUAAGAAAAAAAGGGACUAGAUAAGACUACAUUAACAGAACAAAUACAAUAAUACACCAGUACAAUCACCAUAUUGCUAACAACUUACUGGUUAUAAAAUGCCAGUUUUUAUGUUUCCUCUUUAAAGUGCCCUAUAUCAUGACCCCUCACUCACUCACUCAUUCAUCUUCUACCGCUUAUCCGAACUACCUCGGGUCACGGGGAGCCUGUGCCUAUCUCAGGCGUCAUCGGGCAUCAAGGCAGGAUACACCCUGGACGGAGUGCCAACCUAUCACAGGGCACACACACACUCUCAUUCACUCACACACUACGGACAAUUUUCCAGAGAUGCCAAUCAACCUACCAUGCAUGUCUUUGGACCGGGGGAGGAAACCGGAGUACCCGGAGGAAACCCCUGAGGCACAGGGAGAACAUGCAAACUCCACACACACAAGGUGGAGGUGGGAAUCGAACCCCCAACCCUGGAGGUGUGAGGCGAACGUGAUAACCACUAAGCCACCGUGACCCCCCAUAUCGUGACCAAUGAUUAUUAAUUUACUUGAUCUUUUUUCUCCUGGAUAAAGCUGUGCAGUUAACAGCCACUUUCCCCUGAAGGUCUAGAAAUAAAGUGUAAGUAGGAAUCAGUAAAAACAUGCAGAAUUGUAUGAUUUUAUUGUAUGAAAUUCUUAAUUAGAUGAAGCUAGAUGAUGGACUUCUGAUGAUCUGUAAUGUAGUUUGUCAUUUGUGCUGUAAGUAAUAAUAAACUUGUAUUAGUGACUCCAAA